CAUCGCUGGUUAAUGAGUGUGUGGGCACCUGCAGCAUUAGCUGUAAAAUUACCACUUCUCAAAAAUUGCUCUAGUGCUCAUACCGCAUUUUAAAGCGUCCACACACUCGCACUGAGCCAUAUAAGCCUCUUCAGAUUAAAUCUCAGAACAAACUAUUAGCACUCUGAAAAGGACCAUGAUAAAUCCCAGAACAGUUUUUUUCAUGUGCUUUGCCUUAUUCUUGGCACAUGCUAAAUUGUAUACCGAAGUGUCAACAAUCACUAAUGGAAUAUAUGGAAGUACUUCCACCACACCAAUAUCCUACCAAACUAAAAUGACCAAAUCUCAAGGAUCUGGAACAUCAUCAGAUCAAAGACCACUCUGUACACCAGCCCCUACUAAACCCAUUAAAGGACUGUGCAUUUUCUUUCUGCCAGAGGGCAAGCUGGAACUGGUUCUAGUUGCUCUCACAGUGGCUUGCUUUGCACUGCUGCUAACCACACUGAGAUGUGCCUGCCAGGUUUCCCACCUGAGAGGAAUAAUCUCCAGGCUCGAGCCUCAUUGUAGCAAUGCAGACCUGCGUGCCUUCAGAGAGAGGAGAGAAUCACUAAGCAAGAACAAAGACCACGGGCAGCCAACUGAGACCUGCACCAUGUUAUCAGAGGUCACCACAGCACAAGAGGAGAGAAGAGAGGAUGAGGAGACAGUUCUGGAGGACAAGACUGAGGAAAAAGGAGAAACCGAGCAGCCCAGUGCUGAGCCGUUUGUGAAGGGCCCAAAUGGUAACGUCACCCAGGAGAACAGCACUGGAUUCGAGAGGAAAGACGAAAUAGCACCAGAGAGCAAAGACACAGUGGUGUGAUCAGUACCACAAACUGGCGUCACACAGCUCCGCCUGGUGGCAUUUAAAGUUUGCACCUGCUUUAUUUAAGGGAUAGUUCACCUAAAAAUAAUUUACUAAACUUCAUGUUGUUAAAAUAAAUAAUGGAGUUUCUAUCUUCCGUAGAACAUAAAAACAGAUGCUAGGCAGUUUGUUAGUCUUAGUCACCAUUCACUUUCAUUGCAUUUUUUUUUUCUGAAAAUGAAAGGUGACUAAAGGUGUCAUUCUGCCUGGCCUCUCCUUUGUGUUCGACAGGUUUGGAACAACAUGAGGGUAAGUAAAUGAUGACAGAAUUAUUUUUGUGUAAACAUUCUUUAACUUACAGCUUUGCAGGUCUUCUGUACAGGACGCAAGAGGAAGGUUUCUAAUCCACGAGUAUGGUUCAAAGACUGCGGUGAUAUGUAAUGAAAAACAACACAAAGACCAAAUGUUAGAACUGAAAGUAUUGAAAAUAAGCAGCUGUUACUUUCAACACUGAUUUUCUUUGUUAAGAGCUAUAACAAUGUUCUGUUUGACAAUGUUUCUGGAGCCAAAAUUGUGCAUUUAUGCUGUCUUCUGUAUUUUAAAUCUGUUCAGUUUCAUUUUAUUCAGUUUUCUUUUUCUUUUUAGAAUAAAUGUUUUAAAGGUGUCUUAAGUUGUAUUCUUUUAAACCUUGG